CCCCCCCCCCCCUUCCUGCCUCGUCUUUCUCUCGUUGCUUUUCCUCCUCCGUUGGCUCUUCUCCGCAGGCCACGGUUGUUCUGCUCUCUUUCCCUCUCUUUAUUUACUCUACCGACGUGCUUCUUUGAGCAGCUCACCCCUUAAUCAUCAUGGCCUCCACCGAAACUGCCUCCCCCAUUGGCAUUGCCAACCUCCCCAACCAGCGGCACAAGAUUGUCGCCAAGCGGGGUGCGGCCUUCACCAUCAUGGUUGCUGGUGAAUCCGGCUUGGGAAAGACCACCUUCAUCAACACCCUCUUCUCCACCACCAUCAAGAACUACGCCGACCACAAGCGCCGCCACCAGAAGCAGGUGGACCGCACCGUCGAGAUCGAGAUCACCAAGGCCGAGCUGGAGGAGAAGUUCUUCAAAGUUCGCCUGACCGUCAUUGAUACCCCCGGCUUCGGAGACUACGUCAACAACCGGGACUCCUGGCAACCCAUCAUCGAAUUCCUCGACGACCAACAUGAGUCGUACAUGCUGCAAGAGCAGCAGCCCCGCCGGUCGGACAAGAUCGAUAUGCGCGUGCACGCCUGCCUGUACUUCAUCCGCCCCACCGGACACACCCUGAAGCCCCUCGACAUCGAGGUCAUGAAGCGCCUGAGCUCCCGCGUCAACCUCAUCCCCGUGGUCGCCAAGGCCGACACCCUCAGCCCCACCGACCUGGCCCGUUACAAGCAGAGAAUUCGCGCCGUCAUCGAGGCCCAGGGCAUCAAGAUCUACACCCCUCCCAUUGAGGAGGACGACGAGCACGCCGCUACCCACGCACGCAGCCUGAUGGCUGCCAUGCCCUUCGCCGUGAUCGGAUCCGAGAAGGACGUCAAGACCACUGACAACCGGGUCGUCAAGGGCCGCCAGUACGCCUGGGGUGUGGCGGAGGUUGAGAACGAGGACCACUGCGACUUCAAGAAGCUGCGGUCAAUUCUGAUCCGCACCCACAUGCUGGACCUGAUCCACACCACGGAGGAGCAGCACUACGAGGUGUACCGGGCACAGCAGAUGGAGACCCGGAAAUUCGGCGAGGCGCGGCCCCGGAAGCUGGACAACCCCAAGUUCAAGGAGGAGGAGGAGACCCUGCGCAAGCGCUUCACCGAGCAGGUCAAGGUGGAGGAGCAGCGCUUCCGCCAGUGGGAGCAGAAGCUCAUUGCGGAGCGGGACCGCCUCAACAAGGAUUUGGAAGCGACCCAUGCAGCCAUCAAAUCCCUCGAGCAAGAGAUCGACUCGCUCCAGGGCUCCUCGACCCGCAGCCACGGCCGUCGUUAAGAUGCUGGCGCAUGGCUGUCUGGACCGACUGGAAAAGCUGGCGUGUGCAUUCGUCUCGACUAAUAUCCUUACUCUGACUACCCCCUUUAACUUUUCUCUAUUCAUUUUGAUUUUCGGUUUUGCACUCAGGGCCGGGCCGAGGCCCGGUUGCUUGAGCCUGCUGGUAACUAGCGAUGGUUUGACUACAUCUUCGAUAAUAACCCUUGUACUCCGUAGCAUGUCAAUACAGAUUUAAUUGAGCACUGGA